AUGGCGGGCGUCAACCAGAUCAUCGAAACCUUUGAAGGGCUUCCGCCUGGAGAUCGCGAGACGACAAUGAAAGCGCUCUCAACCAUGAUGCGGACUGAGAAUCAGCGUCAACCCGCUAAAAAGAAGGUCAACGGGUUCAUGGGUUACCGCGCAUACUACUCAUCGCUGUUCUCCCAGCUCGCACAAAAAGACAAGUCGCCUAUUAUGACGAUGCUCUGGAGAGAGGAUCCCUUCCACAAGGAGUGGGAUUUCAUGUGUGCUGUGUAUUCGGUGAUCAGAGAGUUUCUGUCAGACGAGAAUAUCACGCUGCAGAACUGGAUUCAGUUUGCCAUCAAGCACAUGGGCAUUGUUAUCCGCGAGAGCUACUUGGCGGCCCUAGGCUGGAAACUGAUACGGCUCGACGAUGGCACACACAAGGUUGAGCGCACCGAGGUUCGAGCUGUUCAGAGCUAUCUCCAGCCGAUGAAUGGCCUUGGCCUGUUCAUUAACUGCCUCAAUGGCGGCCUGCCCGUUGCCAACCCGCUCCCGAUCAUCGCAAAGCUCACCGACUUGACCAACGACGUCAUUUGUGUCAACACUCAGUCCGGGGCUGCCACGAGAUUGACAAACACCAUGGAGAGCUUCCGCCAACUUGCAAAGAAUAACCCGCAUCUAGCCAUGUCGGCGCUUUUUCAAGUCCCCACAGCUCAUCCGCUCAUCUCCCAAGGCGUCACCGUGCACCAACUCCCCGACCUUGCGGCAACCGAGCCCUUUUUUACCGCCCAGAGCGAGGAUCCGGAGCUGGAUGCGAUGCUAGACAGGAUCUUCCAGGGUGAAGGCAAUGGCAGUCCCGGCAACCAGGCCAAACCCGGAAACCAGUUCUACGCGAUGGGAAUGGAGAAUGGCGCAUCGGGUUUCAAUUGA